AUGCAAAGUCUCGUGGACGAGAUCAACUCCAAACAGAAUCUAUGGACGGCGUCCACUGAACAAGAGAGAUUCUACGGUCAUUCUCUCGGUGAUGCUAAGAAGCUUUGCGGAACACUCCUUGAGGAGACUGGAGGGCUCGAGGAGAAGGUCUAUCCACUAGGGGAGCUUGCUGACAUUCCGAAUAGCUUCGAUGCCCGCGAUGCGCUCAAGGAGUGCAAGGGCGUCAUCGGUCAUGUCUGGUAG